AUGUUGUUUCAAAUUUUUUGCUUAUUGGCUUUAAUUGGUACCAUAGAAUCCUGUACAAAUCGAAAUGUCACCGUAGUCGGUACAGUUGCUUGUGGUAAUCACAAACAACAGAAUGUCAGAAUUGAGCUACUUUCUCCAGACGAUUCGUUGAAUAAAACAGUGAGUGAUCAUGAAGGAAACUUUCAUAUUUAUGGUGAAGAAUGUGAACAUUUUGGCAUUGAACCAUACCUACGAAUAACGCAUAACUGUGAUGGUGGAGUAAACAAUAAGCGCUGUAUUAUCACUGAUGAUUUCCCAAUUCCAAAAGAAUUCAUCGACAAGAAAUACGAUAUGGGUAUUGUCAGCCUAAAUAUAGCCAGAUCGAAUCAUAAGAAAACUUGCACUUCAUUGUGA